AUGGACUUUGAAAAGCCACUGAUGUGCUCAGAGUGCAGAAGGGUGACUGUGUUCUUAAGCACUUUGACUCCAAAAUUCUACUUUGCCCUUACAGUGACUUCAUCUUUUAUAUCCGGACUGAUAUUUGUGUUUGAGUGGUGGCAUUUCCGAAAAUAUGGCACGUCUUUCAUUGAGCAGGUUUCUGUGAGUCAUUUGAGGCCCCUCAUCGGUGGUGUAGAAAACAGCCCUCCAGCACCAGCAGCUUUCUCAGCUGGAGAGAAUGAGACAAGCAGGCAGAAUAUGCCAGAGUGCAAAGUGUGGCGAAACCCUCUCAAUCUUUUCAGAGGGGCAGAGUAUAGCAGAUACAUGUGGGUGACUGGGAAGGAGCCUCUUACAUACUAUGACAUGAAUUUGUCUGCUCAAGAUCAUCAGAACUUUUUCACGUGUGAUACAGAUGCCCUACGGCCUUCCGAUACAGUUAUGCAGAAAGCAUGGCGAGAGAGAAACCCUCAAGCCCGGAUUAAAGCAGCAUAUCAAGCUUUAGAGUUGAACAAUGAUUGUGCCACUGCAUAUGUCCUCUUGGCUGAGGAAGAAGCGACAACGAUUGUAGAUGCUGAGAAGUAUUUCAAGCAGGCUCUGAAAGCAGGAGAAAUGAUUUACAGAAAGUCUCAGAACUGCCAUUCCCAAAGUCCCCAGCACGAAGCACAGCUGCGAAGAGACACCAAUGUAUUGGUAUAUGUGAAAAGGAGACUAGCUAUGUGUGCAAGAAAACUUGGAAGAAUACGAGAAGCAGUAAAAAUGAUGAGAGAUUUGAUGAAAGAGUUUCCACUUCUCAGCAUGCUGAAUAUUCAUGAAAACCUCCUGGAGGCACUACUGGAGUUACAGGCUUAUGCAGAUGUCCAGGCAGUUUUAGCGAAGUAUGAUGAUAUCAGUCUUCCAAAAUCGGCAGCAAUAUGUUACACAGCAGCCCUGUUAAAAGCCAGAGCUGUUUCAGAAAGGUUCUCCCCAGAAACUGCCUCCAAAAGAGGGCUCAGUACAGCAGAAAUUAAUGCUGUGGAAGCAAUUCACAGAGCUGUGGAAUUUAAUCCUCAUGUUCCAAAGUAUUUACUAGAAAUGAAAAGCUUAGUGCUACCUCCAGAGCAUAUUCUGAAACGAGGGGACAGUGAGGCAGUAGCAUAUGCUUUUUUCCACCUCCAGCACUGGAAGAGGAUAGAAGGGGCUCUAAAUCUGCUACACUGUACAUGGGAAGGCACAUUUAGGAUGAUCCCAUACCCGUUAGAGAAAGGUCAUCUUUUCUAUCCCUAUCCGAGCUGCACAGAAACAGCAGACAGAGAACUGUUGCCAACAUUUCACGAAGUCUCCGUUUACCCACAGAAGGAACUUCCCUUUUUCAUCCAUUUCACAGCAGGCUUAUGUUCCUUUUCGGCAAUGCUCGCCCUCCUCACGCACCAGUUCCCUGAGCUGAUGGUCAUUUUUGCUAAAGCUGUGCUGCGGGUGCUGUGGCCUGUGAGUGCUCCCAGCGUUCUGGCCUCCAGCUGA